AUGGCUCCCACCAAUGCUCCUCUGGGUGAGCAGCCAGGUGCUGAGGGAAACGGUGCCCCCCCGUCAAGCUCAGACGAGUCAUGGAUUGCAGCUCUGGUGGAUGGUCUGGUCCCCAAGUUUCAAGCCAAUGGAAGCAUGCAAUCCGGUGAUUCGGCCAUGCAGACUGCAAACGAAGGCAAGUCAAGCGAUGGACCUGCAGGCUCUGGCACUCCUGCGACUGCGCCAGCUGGAAACGUGGGAUCCACGAGCACAAGCGGACCGCCCGCCAAUGGGCACCUCGACGUUCAAACUGGUGGCUCGAUGAACUUGGAUCGGUGA